CUUGAGAGAUUUCCCCCCCCAUCCACCGAGUUUCCCGACUGCACCCCCGACAACUUCAACCCGAACCCGGGCAUCGCGAUGGCCCGCUUCUAUGACCCGCCUAACAAUGCCUUGAUAGGGUAUUAUUUCAUUCACUUCUCCCAUCUUCCUUUCAGCUGAAGGGCAUUAUUGCUCGGCUGUUUGUUUACAAAAGAGGACCUCGGCUUCUUGUGCUGCUCCUCCAACUUCCUCUCCCCAACCCACACAGCGCGACGAUAUUUUUGUCUUGUUCCUCAAGUUGAAGAUAUCACCAUAGUCAUACAACUAGCCUGAUCGAUCCUCAUCGCAUCUAAGAUGGCAGACAACAUGUGCGGCCCGUCCAACGCGGCCAAGGGCCUCGUCGCCCACGCCAACCGCGAUCGAACCCUUCACCAGGAUCGCCUCGUUGGCCCAUCGCAACCCCGCGGAAACACGUCGUUCCGCACUCAGACUGCCCCGCCCGCUGGUGCCGACGGUGCCUUCGAGGCUUUCCAGCAGGGUCAACCCGUCUCCGCGCCCCCUACUCCCGCUAUGGCCGGGUUGAGCAUUGCGAACAACGGAAACAUGUACCCUCCUGGUCUACUUGCACCUAUUGGAACAGGCCGCUUCCCCGUUGCCAACCAUGAGAACGGCGUUCAUACUCGCCCUCAGGGCAGCGGUUACCCCACCUUCGAUGCUUCUAGCUAUCACAAGUUUGCCGGUACCGCGGUUGCUCAUCAGGGCCCGUACCACAAUCCAGGCACCCAUCAGCGCAUCGGCCGUACUGGAGCCACGUAUUUCCGUGGUGGUAAUGAUCCUUCCAUGGCUACUGCCUCGCACAACAUGCAGGCUCAGCAGGCUCAGCAGGCCCCUCAGGCUGCUCGCGGUCCCCAGUAUGGCUUCCACGAACACGUCAUCGUCCAUGGAUCAGUCGGAUAUUCCCACCAGGCCUUUGGCCAAGCCAUGAACCCCGCUCAUCCUCAGGGUUACAUCGCCCCCCCGGCCGAGUUCUAUCAGGGUGUCUCCAGCGUCGGUCCAGCUGCCGCCUUGCCGGCCAACCCAGUGUUCAACGAGCAGGACUUCAACGCCGCCUUUGGCGCUUUCGACGAGCAGGACUUUUCCCGCGAGAUUGACGCCUGGAUCACCGAGCACGGAGCAACCCAGGGGCAGCAGCAGGACCAGGAUCAGCGCCCCAUCCUGCCCCCGACGGCCGAGGAGAUGGCCGUAAUCGACGCCAACCUCGAGGCCAUGGCCCAGGAGCUCGACGCCCGCCGCGCCGCCGGCGACCUUUCCGUGCUCCCGCAGCGCGGCCCCGAGGCCGAGGCCCGCCGCGCCCGCCAGGAGCAGGAGGACCUCGUGCGCGCCGCCUCCGACAUCCUCACGUCCGUCUCGGACAACACGUCAGACAAGUUCAAGAACUCGAGCUUCCUCGACCUCAUGCGCCGCAUCCAGAAAGAGGAGAUCGUCGUCGCGGGUCAAGACCUCGUCGAUGCCCAGACCGGCGAGACCAUUGUCUCAAAGGCCCAGGUCAACGGCCAGCAGCGGCCCGGAAUCGCCAAUGGUACGAGCGGCGCUGGGCAGUCCGCCAAGCCCGUGGCUUGAUCUCUAGGCUUGUCGUAUGCAAGGCAAUGGUUGUCGAGUGUGGCUAUACACAAGGAACGGCGGUGGAUGAUGUAAUGCAUGGUCUACUCUAGAAAACUGCUCGCAUUUCUCACGGAUGGACAUUGUAAUGGUCAGGGUCUUCUUUUUUUCCCCUGUGGGAAUCGCGUGGCGUUGUGGAGAAGCAACUACCCUAUUUUCAUCAUCAGGGUCAUCAUUACCUUCGGCAUUACUAGAUCAUCAUGCUUUGUUCGUAAAAUUCAGAGAAAAUCUUCCUGA